AUGGAAUUAUUUCCCCCAAGCUUCCAAGUUGUUCCUUAUCCCAACACGUUUCUCAUCCACGAAAGAGUAAGUUUACGCGACCCUACCCUGGCCAUGGGCUACACCGUCGAUCAAGAUGAGAGCCAAAUGGAGAAAGAAGCGGGUUCGCCGCCUCAAGCGCAAGAGAAGAAAGAUGAGGGCCAGAUCGUAAGUUGCGCUGCUUCUACUGAUAUUGUGAACGUCGCUGACCAUCUUCCCAGCAAAUAA